CGUGGGUAACCUUUCACCUGUGGAGAGUGUAUUCUAUGUAGCCAGCGAUCGGCACCUGUCAAAAUAUACUGUACUAUCAGUAAAAAAGAUCUACACAGCGUGAUUUGUUCUAUGUGGGUGGCUUAUGGCCAUGGAAGACCUAAAGGCUAAAGUUUUCCUCCGGCUUGGAGCACUAUGAGGCAGCCAUAUUGCUCUGGGAGAGCCUCUCUCUGGCACCAGCAGUUCCGUUUCUCCACAGCUUUUGUCUACCAGCAGCCCGCAUUUCAAAAAUGGCAUCCAGCUACCCACCUCCGUUCGAGGAACAGGGGGAGGUGAGGGAAGGCUUUCUCUGUCCGCUGUGCCUGAAGGACCUGCAGUCCUUCUACCAGCUCCAGGCACACUAUGAGGACGAGCACUCUGGGGAAGACAGGGACGUCAAGGGACAGAUAAAAAGUCUGGUGCAGAAAGCCAAGAAAGCCAAAGACAAGCUCCUGAAGCGGGAUGGGGAAGACCGAGCUGAAUCUGGGAGCUAUGAGUCUUUCUACUAUGGAGGAGUUGAUCCAUAUAUGUGGGAACCCCAAGAACUGGGUGCAACCAGAUGUCACCUAGAAAGCUUCAAGAAACACAGAGCUGCACGAAUUGACCACUACGUUAUUGAAGUAAAUAAAUUAAUAAUCAGAUUGGAAAAGUUAACAUCAUUCGAUAGGACCAAUGCAGAUGCUGCCACAAUUAGAGCAAUUGAAAAGUCUGUUGUUUCGUGGGUAAAUGAUCAAGAUGUGCCAUUCUGCCCUGACUGUGGCAACAAGUUCAACAUUCGAAACAGACGCCACCACUGCCGUCUCUGUGGAUCCAUCAUGUGCAAGAAGUGCAUGGAGUUUGUAACCCUACCCCUGGCACACAAGCUAACAAGCGGCACCAGGGAGGCCCUGUGUGCCCCAGGUAGCCCCGGCCAGUCAUCCAGUGUCAGCGUGCAGAGCUCCCGCCGUGGAAGCAUCAGCAGCCUGAGUAGCGUGAGCUCGGUGCUGGAGGAGAAGGACGAAGACCGUAUCCGUUGCUGUCGCCACUGCAUGGACGUGCUUCUGAAGCGCCAGCAGAAGCUGGAAGAGAAGGACCACGUGCCUGAUAUCGUCAAGCUCUAUGAGAAACUGAGAAUUUGCAUUGAGAAAGUGGAUCAGAAGGCUCCUGAGUAUAUAAAAAUGGCAGAAUCAUUAAAUGCUGGGGAGACAACCUACAAUUUAGAGCAUGCCAAUGGCCUCAGGCUGGAGGUCCAGAAGUACUAUGAGCUGAUAGAUGCACUAAGUAAGAAAAUUCUCACACUAGGCAUGAAUGAGGAGCCAAAGCCACAUCCGAAGACCCAGCAGCUACAGCGGAUGAUUAGAUACUCAGCCACACUCUUUGUACAGGAAAAAUUGCUGGGGCUGAUGUCCCUGCCUACAAAAGAAAAAUACGACGAGCUGAAGGAGAAACGGAAACUGGAGAUGGAGAGGAAGUUGCAGCUGGAGAGACAGGCUGCGCUUGAGACACAAAAAAGGAGAGCCGAAGAAAAGCCCCGAGAUCAGUUCCGUCUGGGUGCCAGCACCAACGGCGAAGCCACGCCAUUGCCCAAGCCCUCCAUGACCAAAGCGAGUGGAUGGCUGCCCAACUCCAGCAUGCUGCACACCCAGGAGAUCAAGGAUCCUCUCCUCCAGCAAAUAGACAACAUCAAAUCCUUCAUCCGCCAGGCCAAAGCGGCUAAUAAGGUAGACGAAGUCAACAUGCUGGAGGAGAACCUCCGUCAGCUGCAGGACGAGUACGACCAGCAGCAGACCAUGCUGGCGAUCAGGCUGUCUAAGCAGAUGGCCGAAGAGGAGGCCCUGCAGCAGAAGCAGCUCCAGGUCCUGGAAGAGAAGGAAUGGGAGCGAGAGCACUGUAAGGCAUCGCAACACAUGCGAACACGCUCUUUAGAUUUUCGGGAGGCCUCGCCCUUUCAGGGAGAGGAUUCUGGGAAACAUGCCACAGACAGUGAAGGCUUAGGUGCCGCCACGACAAAGAUCAGCCCCUUAUCCAAAACGCAGUCCAUGAAAGCUUUCCAUCACCUUCCUAGCCGGGAAAAGACUCCUCCUCUGCCGCAGCAGGAUGAACUGAGAUACCGUUCAAAACCAGAACAGAACAAGGCUGCUACCUCUUUAAACCCGUUCGAAGAUGAAGACUCCACGCCCAUUGAAGAUGACCCCUCGAACCCUUUCGCCGAAGAAAUUUCAAAAGAACAGUCCGCCUCAGUAAGGAAGCUUCCGAACGGUGAAAAGGAAUACAACCCAUUUGAAGACGAGGAGGAGGAGGUGGGACCCAGUGGCCACAGUGAGAUCAAGGGGUACCUGAACCCAUUCGACGAGGAGGACAACGGCAAUCCUUUCAGCGAAGCAAGAAACAGUGCGCCCGCACCAGUCGCCGAGAGCGCAUCCACCAACCCCUUUGACACCGAUGAAGCUAUUGAUGAAAACGUCAUUGAGGAAGAGCUGCUGAUCCAGCAGAUUGAUAAUAUCAGAGCGUACAUUUUUGAUGCCAAGCAGAGUGGCCGGGCCGACGAAGUGGAAUUGCUGUCGGAGAACCUACGAGAACUACAGCGCACUCUGCAAGAGCAGAAAAGAAAAACGCACUGAUUUGUUUUGUGUGUGUAUACGUCUGGAAGGGUGGGGGAUCAGUCCUAUACUGUUUUUUGUCUCAUACACCAAUGUACUUGAGUGUAUUAUCAUCUGCAGACCUUUCUGUUGACGUUUGCCACAAAAAGCACAAUAUUGGAAAAAGUACUCCAAAUUCUUUCUUCAAUUAGUAAAAUUACUUAAAUUUGAACACUGAUUAUUAUUCUGUUUACGGCUUUAUACUUUGAUUUCCUUCACAUUCAGUGACUUAAAUUUCAUUCUUGAGAAGUGGGCACACACCAUAAGAAUGGUCAUUUAGGCAGGGGAGUGUUUUAUACUAAAUAUCGCAUUUCAGAACUGAAAAACGACUACGUGAAUGAUUGUUUUAUAAUUUUAGGAAUGUCUUAAUAGCAUACACAGAAAAUGUCUUGCGGAAUACUUGGAAACUCCAUUUAAAAAAAUCAAAUCAAGCCAGAAGCUAGCCAAAACUAUUGUAUAUUUAAAGAUGUAAAUGUUGCCGGAUGAUUGGCAAAAUAUUAAAAACUCUGUACCACUGCUUCUAUUGCUGUGAAGUAUUAGCUACCUUUUAUUUACAAUGAUGCCAUCAGUAAUAUUUUGGUUUCACUACCUAUAGGUUUAGCUCCAUCUUAAAACAAUCUGUUUCACUUUAGCGAAGCAUUUAUUUUCUUCUAGUGCCGUCUAUUCUGCUUUGUCCCUUUUCAUUAAUCUACAUUAGGUUAGCUGUAUGGAUGAAAUUCAAGAAGGCAACUGUCCAGUCUGCCACAAUCUGUAUGUAGUGAAAACUGAAUUAUUAAGAUGGUUCUCUGUAAUCAGGUGCCUUGACUGUUACCUGCUAGCAGUGUGACGGCCCUCUGAGUGAUGUUUUGUCAGUUUUUGUCAAAAUCAUUUUAAACCAAACAUGGCCCAGUAUGGCUCCCUUCAUUCACCUCAAUAAAUCAGUAAUUUGUCCAUAAAAAUACAUAAUUUCUCUGGCUUCUUUAGCUUUGUCCUUUAGUUUUUAAUUACAAAGAAUUCACUCAUUCAUGGGUAGAUUCCUUAAUCUGUAGAGACAAAUUCCAUUAAAAAAAGGGAGUACUUUUCCCAGGACUUCAUAUUGCCACCUGCUUUGUCAUUUCCAUUGUAUUGGAAUCAGAUUAGCUCACCUUCUGUAAUAAAAUUUCCCAAUACCUCCACUGGAAGCACAAGUUUGUGUUAUAGAAGAAGUGUUGGAAAAAUGGAGCCGCAGAAUUAUGGAACUAGUAAACGGUUAAUUUUUUUUAAUAUAUAUAAGAUCUUUCUCUUCAGCCUAACUUUUUAAAACAUAUGUAGUAAAACUGACUUUUUUCUUGUUUUAAAACUGUAACACUAACCAAAAAAGUAUUAUGGAUAUCAGUGAUACAUCUUGAAAACAUUCUUUAGACAUUAGAAUUUGUUAAUAAGGCUUUGUUUUUAGACCGCUAUUAUGCAGUUUAGCUUUUUGAGACCUUGUUUAAACCAAGCUGACAUGAAUCAUAUCCAGUACAGUACUGUAUGUACACUAUCAACAAUUACCACUAAAGAAAAGCUAUAGACUAUAAACAGUACACAUUGUAAACGCUUGUGUUAAAUGUUGAAGAUUAAUAAUGUAGCUUUGAAUAUAUUGCCUGUGCUCCUUUCAUGAUUGGGAGUUGAUGUCAUUCUGCACUAAUAAAACUGGCUUCUGC